AUGUAUAACUUUUUGAUUGUUUUAAAUGUGUUUCAGAAUACUGUAAAUGUAAGUUGAGCUUAUCAUACUUUUCUUUUUGUAAGGGUCGUGUGCAAAGUGCCAAAAAUAAAACCGUUUAAACGUAAAAAGAAAAUUUGUCACAAAUUGAACUUUUUAAAAACUGGUUUGUUAUAAGUAUCAAGUUAGAGAUAUAUCAAGCUAAACCAUUUCAAAAGCCAUAUAUAUUAAAGUGUAUAUCACUCGUUGUCUAAAGUACACUCUGUGGCCAAGAAUACUCUCUUUUUAAUUAAGUAGAAGAUAUACGUUUUUAUUAUUAAAAAUUCUAUUUCUAUAGUACCCCAAAAAGCUCUUUUGAAUUCGAUUUAUUCAAUUUAUUCAGAAUCAAUCACAUACAAUAUAAUAUAACUCGUCCAAAUAGUAAGAAGUCGAUGGUGUUGGGUACAAGACGCUCGUCAAGAGCUAAUAAGGGUCAGCAUUCAAAGAGACUAUUAGAGGCCGUUACCAUUGGAAGCGACGACUAUGAUAGUGGAGAUGAAAUAGAAGAACUCAAAUAUGUCAAGAAGAAACCAAGAAGAGCAGGAGGUAAGAAGGAUGAUAGACCAAAUAAGAAAGGUGAUGCUAAUAAUGAUGAUGAUGAUGAUUAUGUUCAAGGAGGGGAAUCACCCGAUGUUGAAGAAUCAGAAGUUAAUUGUACUCCUUGUGGUACUAAUAAAUCAAAUUAUGAUGAAAAUAAUGAUAAAGGUGGGACAUUUGUCCUUUGUGAUCAAUGCAAUACUUGGCAACAUGCUAAAUGUAUGGGUUAUAAGACAUCAAAGGAUAUUCCCAAGAGUCAUGUGUGUAAUAUUUGUCUUGCAAAGAGAAAUAAAGAAGAUAGUAGUCUAUUAAUUAGAGAAAAGUUAAAGGAUGAACAUAGAGUUAGCACCGCUUUAGCAUUUUAUAAUUAUUUUAAGAAAAGUUUCCCCCCUGGCUAUGAAAUAACUAAUGAAGAUAAAGAAAAGAAAGUUUCAGAUUGGGCUUUGGAAAUUGAAGAUAUUAUAUUUACAACAUUUCCAAGUAAAAUGUAUAUAUCAGAAGGAAGAAGAAUUUUAUUCUUAUUAAAGAAAUAUUUCAUGAAAGAUAUCAUUAAAGAAACUAUUACCCUUGAACAAGUGGUAAAGAAAACUCCAAAGGAAAUAAACCUUGAAAUUGAAAGAGUGGAAGCUUUAAAUCAUUCAAAUAUGAAGAAUAUUAUUUUAACUGAAAAUAGUGCUACUGAUAUUAUUCGUAGAACUCAUAAAGGAGAUAUCAUAAGAGAAAAUGAAAAUGAUACACCUGAUACUAUUGAUAUAGGUAUCACUACUAAAAAAGUUGAUCAUAGAAGAUUUUCAGUCGAUGAAGAUGAAGAUGUUAUAUUAAAACCAAGAGUUGUUGCUGAUAGACAACUGGUUAGUGAAUACAAUAACAUCAAUCCUCGUAUUGAGGAAGAAGAUGACGAUGAAGUAAAUGGAGCAGCAGAUGUUGAACAUAAUAGUCAAGAUGAAGAUGAUUUUGCAGCUGGUGAAGCAACUAGUGUGGAUGGUGAAGGUGCUUUAUCUGAUUUAGCCGGUAAUCUGAAUACAGAAAAAACUUCAAGAGAAUCAAGUGAAUUAGAUCAAGUUAAUGAUUUAAUUGAUGAUAAAGACCUUGAUAAAAUCAUUGGUAUAGAUUCUGAAGUUUCAGUCCCAACUCCUAAAGUAUGGAAUGGAUUUGUUAAAUUUCCUGACUUUGCUGAAUUUAAUGCUACAGGUAGUUUUUAUUCUUGUACUAGAAUGAAUGAAUUAGAAAGAUCUACAGCUGUUUGUAAUGAUAUUCUUACUGCAAAGUCAUAUACUGUAAUGGGUAGAUUGGAUAGAAUCGUGGCUGAUAAAUAUUUAACCAAAAUCAUGAAAUCAAGAGAAUUGUAUUUUGUUGAAAUUAAGAGUCUUGCUGAAAAUGAUGCAGAUUUUAGUAGAUUAUACCUGUAUUUGCUCAUGCAAAAUAAAGUUGGAGUGUUAUCAGGUAAACCUGCUUUCGUUAAAGAUUCAUAUCUCAUACCCAUUGAUUUCAGAGAUAGUAGAGUACCAGAUUAUAUUCAACACCAUAAAAAGGAUAUGAGGAUUGGUUUAUUUGCUGUAUUUGUGGUAAAGAGUGAAUAUGUACCAAAGGAACUUAAACAACCUUCAUCUACAUUUGGUAGAUAUUAGUGUUUACAUCUCUCUCUUCCUACACAACCAAUACCCACCCAAUAGCUAAUUUGUAAACUAUUGUAUAUAGCUUAAUGUCUAAUGUAUUAUUAUUAUUAUAACUAUAAUUAUUAUUA